CUACCAACACGAAAGGUUUUCGUCUAAAAUGAAAUAAAAAUGAAUCAUUUUCGUUGAAGUAUAAUGGACAGUCAAAUCCUGCAAAUAGAUAUUUUUGCCAUAUGAUUAGGUGAUUGAAAAUCUGUUGAAACUAGUAGUUUUGAAUCAGUGAUAGUGAUUAAGUGAUUUGGUUAGUGAGUGUGACGACCGCCUAGACCGCACCUAUCUCUGUUGUGUGUUUGUAGUGUAGUGAUAAAUCGUUAUCAUGGACAAAUAACAUAGAUUUUGAAAUAAUCUGGUGUACCCAACAUACACUACAAAGAUGGCAGAUCGAUUCAUUUUAAGUUUGUUAGUGACCGCAUUUAGUUUAUCAUGCACGCUAGGAAAGGAAGCUUCAUCUCCCCCCUACAUCGUGAAACAACCCCCGACCGACGAAGUCCUCUUCCAAGUAGAAAGCGGUGGCGAAACCGAUAAACCCUUUUAUAUCGAAUGCGAAGCGAUAGGUGAACCUGCACCGAAAUAUCGUUGGAUCAAAAACGGUAAACCCUUCAAAUGGCAAACCUACGACGACCGUAUAUCGCAACAGCAAGGCCGUGGUACAUUAUCAAUAUCCAAACCGACCUAUGACGACCUCGGUCAAUACCAAUGUUUCGCCGAAAAUGAGCACGGAGUUGCCACCUCAAACUCCGUAUUUAUGCGAAAAGCCGAAUUGAAUUCGUUCAAAACAACUCAACCGAUUUCACUAUCAGGGGAUGAGGGUGAACCCUUCAAACUGACAUGUGAACCACCCGAUGGUUGGCCGAAACCGAUAGUACAUUGGAUUUAUCUCUACACGAAUGGAGGAUUCAAAACGAUUAAUAGUUCACGAAUGACGAUCGAUCCUGAAGGGAAUUUGUGGUUUUCAAAUUUGACAAGGGAUGAUGUUACUGAUAAUUUCAAAUAUGCUUGUGCGGCCACCUCGCCUUUUAAACACGAAUACAAGUAUGGAAAUAGUGUGUUGCUCAAUGUUGUCUCAACUGGAGUCUCCGCAGCUUCAAAUAAACGAGAACCUGUCCUACAGUAUGUCUCAAGAAAGAACACUGUAGCAUAUUUAGGGAAACAACAAAAACUGUAUUGCAUUUUUGGCGGAACUCCGUUACCGCAAACGGUGUGGCAUAAAGACGGUAAACCGAUCCAGUCUUCGGAUCGCAUAACUCAGGAUAACUACGGUAAAUCGCUAGUUAUCCGAGUCGUGAAUUUCGAAGAUGAGGGCAAAUACACCUGUGAAGUGAGUAAUGGAGUCGGUGAAGCGAAAUCGUAUUCGAUCGAUUUGAAAGUUUUCGCGGUUCCCUACUUUAUCGUGGAACCGGAGCGUCAAAACGCUGCCGAGGGGGAGACAGUUGAGUUCCGAUGCGAGGCCGGCGGUGUACCAAAACCCGAUAUCAAGUGGAUACAUAAUGGAAAACCAAUAAGCGAAGCACCACCCAAUCCGAGACGACGAGUCGAAAACAAUCGAAUCGUUAUCGAAAGACUUGUCGAAAGCGAUACCGGAAAUUACGGAUGUAACGCUACGAAUUCUUUGGGUUAUGUUUACAAGGACGUCUACGUCAAUGUUCUCUCUCUAGCACCGGAAAUUCUCGAAGCACCGACUGAUACACAAGCAGUUGACGGGCAAAAUGUCACAAUGAUUUGUAAAGUUUUAGGAGCCCCAAAACCCUCAAUUAAGUGGAGUUUAAACGACCGGGAAUUGACAGGUGGACGCUAUAUUGUCCAACCAAACGGCGAUUUAAUCAUCAAAAAUGUACAGUUUGACGAUAGGGGCAAUUAUACUUGUUUCGCUGAAAACAAAUUCGGGAAUGCGAGUGCCAAAGCAGCACUACUUGUCAAAUCCCACACAUAUAUUACUGACGGUCCUGAGGACUAUGAAGUGGCAGCUCACACUUCGGCCACAUUCAGAUGUAACGCAGUUAGUGACGAUUCUCUCGACUUGGAAAUAAUUUGGUUGAAAAACGACCAACCUAUCGACCUAGAAGAGGAACCAAGAUUUGUGCGCUCGAGUGACUACUCUUUGACUAUUACUCAAACGAUUGAGUUAGAUUCAGGGACUUAUACUUGUGUUGCUAGAACUGCAUUAGAUGAAGCGUCAGCUAAAGCACAACUUAUCGUUCAAGAUGUUCCAAAUCCGCCCGCGAUGGAGGGAGUCGAAUGUCACGCGAGAGACGCCACAAUUCGGUGGAAAUCAAUGGGCGAUAAUCGGGCCCCAAUUUCGCACUACAUCAUCGAAUUUAACACCACGUUCACCCCUGAAACGUGGACGGCGGCUUAUAAUAACGUACCAGCGACUGAUAUGAGCUAUAAUGUUCCUAUGAGCCCCUGGACUAACUACACUUUCCGAGUAAUUGCCGUUAACAAAAUCGGAAAAUCGUUACCUUCAACUCACUCAGAUGUUUGCACAACCGAACCAGAUGUGCCCUAUAAGAACCCUGAUGACGUCAAAGGCGAAGGUGACAGACCUGAUAAUCUCAUCAUAUCAUGGACGCCUAUGCCAAAAAUUGAACAUAAUGCCGAUAAAUUCCAAUAUCGUGUGUAUUGGAGACGUGAUAUACCGGGGGCUCCGUACGAAAGUCGUGAUAUUACCGAUUGGAGAGUUAAACAAUACAUUGUCGAUAAUCAACCCACGUUUCAACAAUAUCGAAUUAAAGUUGUCGCUAUGAACGAGAAGGGUGAGGCUAAUGUCGCACCCAAGGAGGUCAUAGGCUACUCAGGCGAGAAUAUCCCCAUUGAGGCCCCCACGAACUUCACUUUGCUCCAAAUCCAAGGCCCUAAAACCGCCCUUCUUAGUUGGAACCCCGUUGAUAAGAAGAGUGUCCAAGGCCAUUUGAAAGGGUACAAAAUCAAGACGUGGAGUGACAUAUCAUCUCCUAUGCACAAUGAAAUCCAAGUUCAAGGUUCGGUUGCUAAAGCCCUUGUCGAUAACUUAGAUCCCUACACAAUGAAUUACGCUCAAGUGUUUGUUUACAACGGGAAAUAUAAUGGUCCCCCGAGUGAAACGCUUAGUUUUAAAACACCAGAAGGUGUCCCUGAAGCUAUGUCAUACCUUGAGGCUUACCCCUUAGGGGCUUUUCGGCCGAAUGAUGCCACUAAAACCGCCUCAUCUGCGUUUCUUUUAACUUGGAAAAAACCGGAAAAACCGAACGGGAUGUUAACCGGUUAUGAUAUAUACUACCGGCGAUUGGACGACAGUACUACCAAUAGUAAAAUUGCAAGAAAUCCCCAAAUUAGAGGUGGGGAUGUCUUGAGUGCGAAAUUGAGUGGACUUGAACCGGAUACGAAUUAUGUGAUUUACAUAGCGGCAAGGACGAGUGCAGGGCCGUCGAAGGAGUUUUAUAUUGAGAGAAGGACAAGUCCAGCUGGGGCGAGUUCACCACCCGGAGUCCCGGAUUUCGACUGGGAGACAGUAAAAGCCGACGAGGAUGGGAAAGUCACCGUUAGGAUUCAAUGGAGGCCGGAUAAAACCGGAAAUCCAGGUUCACACUUCAUUGUCAAGUACAAGAGAGAGGCGGAACCAAAUUAUGCAGAAGUUGAAGUUAUAAAUGAUGAUUUUGUUGAGAUUCCCGGGAUUGCCCCAAGGGAAAGUUAUGACUUUAAGGUGACUUCAGUCGAUGGUGAUUAUUAUAUUGAUAGUAAAGUGAAAACUAUCAAUAUUUAUUCCGACGGGCCGUUAAUUAAGGCCAAUGAGAAUAUGGCAUCGGCAGGGUGGUUUAUCGGGAUGAUGCUUGCGAUUGCCAUUCUUUUGUUAAUUUUGAUCGUCGUUUGUAUUAUUAAGCGGAAUCGGGGUGGGAAAUACGCUGUUCAUGAGAGGGAACAAGCCAAUGGGCGACACGACUACCCCGACGAGGGCGGUUUUCAUGAGUAUUCCCAACCGUUAGACAAUAAGUCACAUGGGAGAGCCUCAAUGAGUAGCGAACCUAAAGUGGGUCCAGAGAGUGAUACUGAUUCAAUGGCUGAAUAUGGUGAUGGAGACACAGAGGGUAUGAAUGAGGACGGGUCAUUUAUUGGGCAAUAUGGCCGCAAACGUGGUCAGGGAGAAACAACAUCGCAAGGGUUUGCAACUCUUGUAUAGUAAGGGCGUUUUACUGAAGAUGGAUCUUUCAUAGGUCAAUAUGUUCCAAGCAACAUGAAACAGCUUGGCCCACCCUCUAUUACGGCAGGGGUUAACAAUAAUGCAUUGGCCACGUAUGUUUAAACGUGACCACUUACACUAAACUAAUUCUUUAAACCUAUAUUUUUUGCUAGAGCAGUGUUGUGACAUUUUUCUUUUUUAGAAUUUAUUUUGUGUACUUGAAUGGAGGAGAAUCUCGAAAAAAAUUAAUUGACUCACUUAUUUGUGAAAGAUAUUAAUUUAUUGUUUGACAAUGUGUUCUGAUAUUUAUUUCGGGUAAAAAUUGAAUUCGUCCAUUUUUAGGUUACGCAUAAUUUAAAAAAUAAAAAUCAAAAUGAAUUUAAUGUAUAGUAAUAUAUUUUUGUUUUGCGUUACAAUUUGGAAACGAAUAAGUACUGAAUGUUUUUAAAUUGUAACGUGCUGAUCUGUUAAGUACUGGAAUAAUUUGUGUAUCUUUAUGUAUUAUAUAGUUAAUUAUAGGAUCGUAUAUUUAUGAUGUUUUUCAUAUUAUUGCCCAAGGAAUUACGUUCUCAUAUAAUAUAUAAUGAACUAUAAAUUUAUGACAUGUUUCAUGCUUGAGAAAUAAUUAUUUAUAAGUUAGGUAAUAAACAUCAAAAUUGCUUUAAUCAUCAUUUUCUCGAAUUAGUUUUUAUUCUUGACACUGCCUAAUUUAAGAAAUAUCAAGUGUGGCAUUAAUUUGGACUGUAUUAGGCGUACAAUAAGUAGUAUCCAGACUAAGUUACUUUUUAUGAAUACAGAUCUAAUAAUAGGCAUCACAAAAUUCAUACAAAGUGACUUGACCAAAACUUAUUGUACAUAAACCCGUUUAAAACCUGCUUAUAUAAAAAAUAAUUCAAAUUAAUCUAAGUAAAGUAAGUUAAGCUGAAAUAUUUUUUUUACGAUUUUCGUAGUUUGUAGUAUUUUGAAAAUUUACAUUGCAAUAAUUUACCAAUUAUGUAGAUUAUUGCCUUGUUAUUUUUUGUAUUAAGUUAAGAUUAAGGCUUCGGCCGAGAUAUCAUUAAAUUAUAAAAUAUU